AAACAGCCAAUAGCGAAAGCUUUCUCGCGACUUCUAGGGAAAGGAAACCGUAAUCAUAACGAAAUUCUUCUUACAUCCAAGAAAGAUAACAAGUUCCGAACGUAUUUGCGAUUUGAAAACAAUUCACCGAUUGGGUGUAAAGUCUUGUAUAUACAGUUUUCACACCUCCAGUUUAGUAAAUAUAUCAGCGUUGAAAUAUUUGCCGUUGGACUUAAAAUCUUUUUAUACUCACGGCUUGGAUUCGAUACAGGGAAUAUUUGUUCUCAGAUAUUUAUCUAUUUCACUUAAGAAAUAAUUUAUAGUAGAUAUUAGAGAGUGUGAAAAGUUAGUUAACUUCAAAAAAUAUUUAUUGGUAGUUUACUACAACUGUAUACAGACGUUUGAAUCCUUGCGUGCGAGAGAGGGUCCUAUUCAGCGUAUUUGAUCAGUUUUAUUGGGAUUGCGCGGUGGCCUCUUGAUUCCAAAAGAUUUUCAGAAGUGCUGCAGGUGUUCAGCUUGUACCAAGGAUUUAAUCAGAAAUUUUCGAAUGAAAUGACUUCUUUAUUGACAAUCUGCGUGUUUCUCCAGAUGGCUGUAAACGUUGAUGGAAGUGUGAGAGAUAGAUUCCUCUUACAAAAUCACGAAGGGAGCCCAAAGGAUAGAUUCGAGGGUUUAUCUUCAGAGGAAGUGGAUUAUAAGAAUAUGCAUCAUAAUUAUCCAGGGUGUAAUCUUGGAAGUUCUUUCUAUAAACUGGGAGUAAAGUUUAACCCCACCUUGAUCCCGGGUGAACCGUCUGUAUGUAUCAUCUGCCAGUGUGUGCCGAACAUAAAGAAAGGAAUCGCACAGCAUUUUGGUAAAGUGACAUGUAAAAACAUUAGGAACCUUUGUCCUGUUCCCGAGUGCGACAGUCCUGUUCUUCGGAAGGGCAAAUGCUGCAAGUCCUGUCCCGGAGAAGUCGAGACAUUUGAAGAUAGGAUCAAUCUUCUGCCAGAAAAUGUGUCCAAGGGAUUCGAUAAUGCUAUAAAUUUGGGAGACAAACUUCGCCAAAAAGUCAUCAAUAGAAAAUAUGUUGCACUUCUAGUAGGACGAAAUGUUAUUUCCAGACGACCAUUGCUGACUCGCGCAGUCGCAGUCGUUCAUUUACAAGUCACCGCAAAUAUGGGACUGCGCUUUUCAAUUAAAUACGAGGGGCUUAAAAACCCAGAAAAACUUCUGCUAACAGAUAAAAAAGGAAAGAUCUUGUUGGAGAAACAACUUCAAACUAGAUAUCCAGACAAAGAGAUGUGUGGUGAAUGGGAAAAUGUUCCUGAAUAUUAUCUUCCAUAUCUACACAAGGGAAUGUUUCUGCUGGUUUUAACGACAUCCUCUUUUGAAAACGGCGAGGUUGCUGGUAAACCGGAAGUUGACAAAUCCCUACAGAAAAGCACGUUUACGUCAAUCCUUGUUUCACCCAAUCAGUACGGCAUUGGGGGAUAUGCCGAGAUGUCCUACGGGAUCCGUAGCAAAAGUGUUGAGUACACGGUCAAAUUUGACGGACUGUAUAACACUAAACGAAGAAAACAAGAAUAUUUUGUGACGAUUGAGAAAAGAACGCAGAUUCUACACAAACAAAUGAAAAGAAUACGAAGACGGAAGAAUAACAAACUAAGAGGCACUUGGUUGGCUCUGAACAAAAAGAGCAGAAAGUUGAUUGCAAAGGCGAGACUGCGAAUGAGAGUCACUUCGAAGGGGGGAGCGACAAUUUUUGGCACUAUCAAACCAUCGGGCACAUGUGGAGCAUACGUUGGAGUUCUUUCCAGUGGAGAAUCGUUGUUGUACCCACAAGUUGCACUGUCCAGUGCAGGUUAUGCUGUUCUUAAUUUACACGACAAUGGACAGAUUAGUUAUAAUAUAGACUUAAAGGGGAUGACCAGCAGAGUAACAUAUAUAACUCUAGAAUCUUUACCCACGAAGACCGGUCGGCGGACAAUUAUAUAUAACCUCAAUGGCCAAUUCAGAAGAAACUCGUCCUCAUAUGACGGAACAGCAUCCGGAGUAAUCAAAAACAUCCGUGCCAAGAAUAUUGCCCUUUUAUUGGCUGGGCGAUUAUUUAUCAAUGUAGCGACGGAGAGAAAAUCAUCCCAGUCUCUCCGAGGCCGAAUCGAAAGUAUCGAGCACAGCGACUACAUCAAUUAUGCUAAUGAUGUCCCAUUCUUAAUGACGUCACUGCCUACGUCACCAACCGGAGUUGGAGGAGUGGCCUGGUUAGUUCCUGACCGGAAAUGUCGUCUGCACUAUCAAAUUAUCUUAUCCGGUCUACAGGACUAUUCAUCCUUGAAUGCUCUUCUUGUUGGGGAAUUUGAUUCGACGGCGACACAGAAAAACAAGAAUGCGAUAUACACGCUUGUUAUACACAACUUUAUCAAUGGAAUGGCUCGCGGUGUAAUAAAUGACAUUUCCCAUAGAGUAUACAGAAGUCUUGAUGCCGGGACGUCACACCUUCAGAUGGGUGUCACUGGAAUCAGGAAAGGGGAAAUACUUGCCAAUCUGAGCAUUCCAAACUCCUGUUGGAAUAUCUUACAUGACCAGACCGAGCCUACCUCGGGUAUACACGACGAGGACACACUGGGAAGAGCAGACUGUAAGGACGACGGACGAAUUUACCGUAACGACGAAAGCUGGAUCCCAUCAAAGAACAGCACGUGUCGAACAUGCAGUUGCAAGAAUGGUAACGUUAUUUGCCACCAGGUGAUUUGUCCGAAGCUCUCCUGUAACAAUCAAGUUCGUGUGGACGGAGAAUGCUGUCCAACUUGUCCAGAAACACUGACUCAGGACAAUGGGACAUGUUAUUAUCCAGGAGAUAAGCGACAUUACAGGGCGGGGACUGUAUGGCAUCCUUACAUUCCACCAACCGGAUAUUCUACGUGUGUCACGUGCACUUGUGAUAAAAACACUUUGGAGGUUCGGUGUAACCGAUUACCUUGCCCAGUGUUGAACUGUUCAGAAGACAGCAAGGUUCGAGUCCAUAGAAGCGAUUGCUGUCAAGUCUGCACAGACAGAAAUAUAUUAUCGGAAAUUAUUCAAACCACGGUGUCGCCAACAGAAAAACUAGGAAAUAAUGAAUGUAGAGUUGGAAAGCGAGUGUAUAAAAAUAAAUCCCGAUUUCAUCCUGUAUUAAGUUCUCACGGAAUCCUCAAGUGUAUUAUUUGUAAAUGUAAAAAUGGAAGAAUACAAUGUAAACGGAGAACCUGCAAAAAGAAGAGACUGUGUAAAGAGGGACCAACCCGACAAAAUAAAUGUUGUAGCUGCGUUCGUUAGUACAGACACAAAAACCAAAUUAGAAAUAAGUACCCUUACCAAUGUAAGCUCUGUGAUAUUACUGACAUGUUGGGAACAAAGAGUGAGCAUAAAUGUAGCUAAAUGGCGAAACAGACCCCAAACAUUCAACCGUCUUACGGAACAGCUGUUCUCUUCUUCUUUCAUUUGUUUUUAUUUCAAGAGAUGAUUGUUCUGUGACUUAUUUCAUUAGUCUUUCCUUAUUAAUCUGUAUUUUUUUUGAGUGCAAUAAUAAUAAGUGAAUGAGUUUUUUUGCAUGAGAGGGUUUCUUAUAUAAUCAUAUUUGUCGGCAUGAAUUUAUAUAAUUCUUCAGUUCCUAAUCAAGAUUUUUGUUGUGUUAAAUUAUAUCAAAAAUGCAAUCACAAUUGAUAGAAAAGUUGCAGUAUGUUGUGUUUUGAUGCGAGUUGACGUAUGUUUAUCUAUUUAUUUUCUUCUUUUAUUACAAAGAGAAUCUGUUGAUUUGAUAGUAUUACUUUCUUCAUUUGUAAAUAUUAUCUCCAACCAUGAUUAUAUGAACUGAGAUUGUACAUGUUGGUGGUUCCUUGAUAUCAUGUGUGUGCUGAACUUUUAUUUUGUACUGCAUGAUAUAAUUAAGGAUUGAGUGCCAAUUGUUCGUUAUGGAGUAUGUGACUGAUUUUACAAUAUAUUUUUGUACAUUGUUUUAAAUGGUUUCGAGACCGUUUCUUUACUUGUUGACAUGAUGCUAUCAUUCCAUGAUAAUACUAUACUAUGUUGCUAUCAUAUUCAUUUUAUUUCAUCAUGUAGAUAAACAUUAAAUAAAAUUAUAUUGCAGAUGUAUUUAAAUUAAUGAGCAGUUAAUUUUUUGAAAAUGAAUUUAUCACAAUGAAAUGAAAUUAAAAGAUUGAAAUAAUCUA